AGAUGAUUCGAAACGUGUUGUACAAUAGCGACAUGAAGGAAACUUUAGAACUCAUGUACGCUACCGUUCAACCUAUACCAAUGUUUCUAGUUUAUGGAAAAAGUUCUUUUCGUUAUAUAAAUUCUAUACUUUCUUUUGACAACCCAUAAAGAAUUGAACUGGUAAUCGUGAUGGUGUUCAGGAAGAAAUUUGGAUGAAAGUUCUAAAUCAUUCUGCUGCACAACCCCCGCAGAGCUGCAUGCUCGUUUCUGCAACACACACGCCACCAAAAGCUGCCUUUGGCUGGUUUCUUCGAUUUGCCCAAACGAUUGACCAAGUUUGACCUUCCGUUCCAGACUGCAUGUUACUGCAAUUUCUGUACUCGAUCUCUCACUGAGUUUUGAGAUAAGGUGGUCAAAGGCGCGCACGAUGGGCCCAACAAACGGGGGUCCCAGCCCUAUACCAACGUUGCAACUUUCACGAAUGACUCAAGAGAAGAACGACGCAGAGUUGUCGAGCGAAAGCAAUCCACGAGAUCCAAUUCAGAAUGGAAUUUUCCUUGUCCCAAAACCAUCCGGAGAUCCACAAGAUCCAUUGAAUUGGACAUUAAAAAGAAAGCUUACCAUUUCUUUCACAUUAUGGUUCGCACUGUUCAUGAGCUAUUCUAGCGCAUUCAACGGCCAGAUCCAGAUCGCCCAACAAGCUACUCUUUACCAUAAGGCAGUGGUCGAGAUCACCUACUUUAACUCAGCGACCUCCGGUGGUCUCGCAGCAGGCUGUUGGGUAUGGUGGCCACUGGCGAAGAAGAUCGGUCGUGGCGCCGUUAUAUUCUGGGCGACUGCUGCUGUUCUCGUGACGCAAAUUUGGGCUUGCUACAUGCGAGGUCCGAGCAACUAUAACGGCUUUAUGGCUGCCAAGUUCUUCAUGGGCUUCUUCGGACAGAGUUUGGUCAUUCUCGGCCCGCUCUACGUCGUCGAUUUGUUCUUCCUCCACCAGCGAGGUCGCGCUUUUAAUCUUCUCGGGAUUGCCAUGAACAUUGGUGCUUCCGCCGGCCCGACAUUUUCUGGCUUCAUCACUGUUAGCCAUCCUUGGUAUAACGAAUUUUGGUGGACCAUUGGCGGUACUGCUUUUGCGCUCGUGCUGAUCUUCCUCUUUGUUGAGGAGACAACGUGGGACCGUACGUCCGGCGCACAAAACCAUCGUGCCCAGGGCACAUGGUUACGAGGAAGGCUGCAGACGUUCUUUUUCGGAACAAGAGUUGUUAAACGUCCAAGCGGAAAGGAAUUGGUUACUGCCUUCGUGGUUCCGUUUAAGCAUGCUAUUUCCCCCGUGCUCCUGCUUUGUGCUGGGUUUGAUGCAAUCACGUUUGGCUUUUGGGUAGCAUUGAACGCCCUUACGCCCGUGUGGCUUCAGCAGCCCGCCAAGAUUGGAGGCUAUGGCUUUACAGUCCUCGAGAACGCUGCAUUCACUACGGUCCAUUGGAUGACGCUCAUUGUCAGUCAACUCUAUGGGCACCUCUUAUCGGACCGAAUUCCCAUGUGGCUAUGCGCCCGCAACAACGGUAUCUGGAAACCCGAGUUUCGACUUCACGCCCUUUGGAUUCCAAACUUCAUGCUCACCCCUAUCGGUCUUGGUCUCAUUGGUGCUUCGUUGCAGUACCAUCUGCAUUGGGUCGUGAUGGCUAUUGGAAAUUUCCUUGUCACUUUUGGUGCAUUUCAAGGAAUUCCAGUGACGAUGAAUUAUGUUUCCGAAUCAUUCCGCAAGUCCACGGUCGAGGCCAUCAUCCCGCUGAGUUCAAUGCGCUUGUUCUUUGGUCUCACAAUCAACUUUUACAUCAACCCGUGGAUUUCUGCGAUGGGUAUCGGUUGGGUUUAUGGGCUUAUGGCAUUUUUAUGUGCUGGAUCGUUUGGCUUUUUAGUUAUAAUCAUGUGGAAGGGACACGCCCUUCGUGAAACCUCACCUUUCCAUACUGCCGCGUCCGAGGAGGGCGUGAAAGUCAUAUCGAAGAAGCCAGAGAACCUGACAAUGACGGGAUGAUAGUGGAGGUAAAAAGUUAAUUGUUCAGAUCUAUUGAAGUACUGGAGGUCUUGGUCCGUCUGAUUACUACUACUACUACUACUACUACAGUAUAGAUAAUGC